AUAAAAUUUUUUAUUCCUAAAUGUUUUGCACGAUAUUCGAUGCUGAAAACUUGUCUCGAAAUAUAAAACGAGGGUCGGACGAUAUAAAAUAUUUAAAACACUUCCGAUGCAAGUUCAUCAUUCAGCACUUUCGAGAACUUUUGAAAGCAUGCGCAAGCAAUACUUCUUGUUAAAUAGAAGGUAACGUGGUUUCAUGAAAAAGGAACAGCUGUCAGUCUAUAUUCGACAUGAACAGUUCGAAAUAUACCGGAUAUCAAGGUAGAUUUCACAUGGGCGGUGAAAUUAAAUCGAAUCACUUUAGAUUUGAUUGGACUGUGGCCUAAAACCGCACGGAACCCUCGACAGAAGUUAAUGUGCAAUUUUCGAGCACUUAUCGUCUUUCUGUCGAUAACAUUCGGCGUUCUGAUCCCUUCUAUACAUUCCUUCAUAAGAAUUUAUGGAGAUAUUAUGUUAAUGAUAGAUAAUUUACAAUUUACUUUACCAGCUAUAACUUGCACAAUAAGAAUCAUAAUUUUUUGGUGGAAGAAAGAAGCUAUCAUACCAAUCAUAGAUAUGGUUGCGGAGGAUUGGAGAAAAUUGAAAAAUGCGCAAGAGAGAAAUAUAAUGAUCAGAAAGGCGCAGAGUGCACGCUUACUUAUUAUGUGCGCAUAUUGCAUCAUGACAGUAGGAUGCUUGUUUAUCAUCGUUCUUCCUGGAUUUGGAAUGUCGAUAAGACUAACGCCCAAUAUUACUGAUCCAGGCAGAUUAGUGCCUCUGCAAACCCAUUACAUUUACGAUGUAUCAAAACGACCUCAGUAUGAAUUGACGUAUAUAAGUCAAGCAAUCUAUAUAGUUCUCGCAGUUAUGUCUUAUACUGGAAUCGAUCAUUUUCUUGGGCUGCUAGUUUUCCAUAUAUCCGGCCAAUUAGACAUUCUCAAGGAUCGUUUGACACAUUUAGAUAAAUACAUCAACUCUCACGACAUGUUAAAAACAUGUGUGGCACGACACAUUUGUUUACUUAGAGCUAUUGCCAUUAUAGAAGAUACGUAUAAUAUAACAUUGCUCUCAUUAUUCGUAUAUUUUGCAAUGCUCUUUGCUUUCUACGGUUUCCGCAUAAUUAUCGUGAGUGUGCAAACAUUUAAAAAUAAAAAUUUGGAAGACAAGGGCACGCAUAUGGAUACAGAAUUAAUUACAGACACAUAUGUUUCUGUAUUUAAUUUUAUAUCAACUUGCGUGCCCUGA